AUGGGUGGUUUCCCCAAUGUUACUAUCAAGUCUUUUGAAAUGCCUGGUGAUGAUCCCAAUGGCGGUAUCAAGGUCGAACUUGGCACUGUGCUUGUGAGUCCUUCGCCUGUUGGUGUGCAACUUGGUACCAUCCAAAUGCAAAUUGGAUACGAUGGCGUCAAUCUUGGUUUGGUGUCUGCCGAUGAUAUCACUUUGUCUCAAGGUGAUAAUGAGAUCAAGCUCAAGGGUACUCUUGUUCCCCAGACCGAUGAAAACGCACUUACCAAGGUGGGCACUUUGUUCUCCAACUAUGUGGGAGGCAAAAUGUCGCAAACCCAAGCAACUGGUGUAUCUGCCGCUCCUGAUGGCACCAAUUCCAUUGGCUGGUUAUCUGAAGGUUUCCAAUCGGUGCGUCUUAAUGUGGGUCUUGGUGCUGGCAAGCCUUUGGAUAUUAUCAAGUCCGUCGAAUUGGGCUACUUGGAUCUCGUCUUUGACAAGGACAAACCAUACUCGCCUCUUUUGACAGCUCCCAAUGUCGUCGCCGGUUUCCAGAUUCCUUUUGGUUUCUCCCUCAACAUCACCGAGGUGAAGCAAGACUUGCAAAUGGCCAACAAUGACACCGGCAGUUUCGCCACCAUUUCGGCUCCAUUUGUUCCUUCUGACAGCAAUCAAGAGACCGGUCAACUCAAGUUCCCCAUGAACAACGAUUCCAUCGUGGCUAUCGAGGGCAAGGAGAAUGACUUUAAUGGCUACACCUAUGCAUUGACUGCCCAAGAAGCUUACUCUUUCCAAGUGCUUGGUGAAGCUACCACAAAGACGCAGACUCCUAUUGGCAACAUUACUCUUGGUGGCAUCAACCUCAAUGUAUCGACCACGUUGCAUGGUAUGCAAUUCCUCAACAGCACGCCCACGCUUAUCAACAGCUUGGAUGUCACGGGUGGUGAGAAGGAUCACAUGAAUCUUGCCAUCAAUGUCACUAUGGGCAACCCAUCCGAUUUCAGCAUCUUCACGGGCGAUGUCAGCUUUGAUAUGAAAUCCGACAACACCAAGUUGGGCACUGUGUAUCUCAACCAACUCAAGCUCAAUCGUGGUGAUAACACAGUCAUUGCAACCGCUGCUUUUGAUCCCAAGAGCUCAAGUGUUGGUCAAAACUUGUUGAGCAGCUUCGUCAUGGGCAAGGACAAUGGUGUCAAUAUCGCUGGCAAUGAUCAAUCCACUCCUAUUGCUUCGCUUGCUGGUGCUCUUGGUGCUAUCUCGAUUGAUUCCACAUUGCCUGGUCUCAAGGCUCCUCUUAUCCAAAGCUCCAAGUUGACGGUGUUGAAUGACACUCUCAAGACCGGCAUUGUGAACGUUCAAGUUGCUAUUGCCAAUCCUUUCUCAGCCAAUCUCAGCAUCACUUCUGUCAAGUCCGCUGUCACUUAUUCGGGUAUGCCUGUUGGCAACAUCAACCAAGAUAUCAGCAACCAGCCUUUCAACGUCCCUGGCCAUGCUACCGCUGAAUCGCAAGCUCUCAACAUGAACAUGAAUUUGGAGCCUUCUGCUGUUGCAUUGUUGUUGCGUGAUUUGGCUACCAAGAUGCACCUUGACACUCGUCCUUUGGAUGCUUUGUUGACCAUGGGUGGUUUCCAUAUCAAGGGCCAGGAACAAAUUUCCGCUGAUCCUAAGCUCUUUGAUGGCUUCAACAUCUCCAAGUAUGUCAUGGAUGCUAUGAAGGCGCUUGCUGUUGAUUUGCAACUUGAGUCCGGUCUCACCAUUGGCGAGUAUGUCAACACCUUGCAAUUUGCACAAAACAAUGUCACCACCAUCACUGAUGAAACUGUCACGGGUCUUAUUCCUGUUGUUGGUCAGCCUAUUGUGCAACAAAUUGUGGAUGGUGCCAAGCUUGGCUUCAAGACGAUCACUCUUUCGGAGCCCACUGAUAGCAGCUUCAAGGUCCAAAUGGUUGGCAGCAUCACCAACACCGGUCCCAUGGCAGCAAGCAUCAGCUUCCCUCAACCUUUGACUGUUUCAUGGAAGGGCAAGGAGCUUGGCAAGGUUACCAUGGAAACCAUCAACACUCAACCCAACGUGGGUGCCGAAUUCAAUGUCAGUGGUGAUUUCUCUAUUGCCGACAGCAACUACAUGGGCGAAUUUGCUGCUUUCAUGAUCAACAAUGACGACUUUGAGUGGAACAUUGUUAGCAACCAAGGUGUCGCUGUCGAUGCUAUUGGAUACAACUUCACCAACAUCAACAUGACCAAGAAUGUGUUGCUCGGUGGUGCCAAGGCCUUCAAGGAUUGUGUCUCUAUCACCAAGUUUGAUUUGCCUGCCAACGACCCUGCUGGUGGUAUUCAACUCAUCACUCAAACGGUUAUCAAGAACCCUAGUCAAGUUGGCUUCAACCUUGCUGGUGCUGGUUUCGAAUCGUACUUUGGCGAUGUUUUGCUUGGCCCACUUGCCUCGAAUGGCGCUGCUGUGUUCCCUCCUCUUGGUACAAGUGAGAUGCAAAUGAAGGGUCGCUUGAUCAAGCAAGAUAGCCAAGAAGGUUUGGAUGCUAUCACCGAGGUCUUCUCCAAUUACUUGGCUGGCAAGAACUCCACGCUUGAAGUCAAGGGUGUUUCUGGUUCUGGACCCAAUGGUCAAGUUGGAUGGCUUACCACAGGCUUCAAGAGCAUUGAUAUCAAGAAUGUGAUCCUUCCUGGUCCUGAUCAGGUGCCUGAGCUCAUUCCUUCCAUCACUUUGCAUGAAAUGGAACUCGACUUCACUGUUGCUGAUUAUGCUCCUCUUAUGAGCUCCAACUUGGUCAAUGCCCAACUCAAGAAUCCAUUUGGUUUCCCUCUUGCUGUUUCGUCUCUCAACAUGGAAUUGGAUGCCUCCUAUCAACACAAGACCGCUGCUCACAUGGUUGUUCCCGAUGUCGACGCCACCACCGAUGCCUCUGGUCUUAUCACUACCGCUUUCAAGGAUGUGCCUUUUGAUGUCUAUGAUGAUGGCCAAACCACCUUCAACAGCUUCACCAAGGCUCUUACUGAAAGCAGCAAUGUCACCUUUGGCAUGAAGGGCGCAGCCAACUCUGUUGCUGAUACCGCUGUUGGAUCUCUCAAGUUGAGCAACAUUAGCUACGACAUUGAUAGCUCAAUUGCUGGUUUCAACAACUUUGAUGGCAAGACUACUAUUUUGAAGCAAGUUGUCACUGGUGGUACUCCUGAUUGGAUCGAGGUUACAUUGACUGUCGCAUUCAACAACCCCUCCAACAUUACUAUUACUAUUGGUGACCUUACCUUUGAUUCCAUCUGGAAGGAGAAGGACGCUAGCAUUGGUCAAGUCUUUAUGAAGGAUAUCGUGAUCAAGCCUGGCAACAACACCUUUGAUUGUAUGAUGCACAUGAUGAACAAGGACCACAAGGACUAUGUUGAUGACAUUGUCAGUAUCUACAUGACCAAUGCUCAAGCACCCUUGACCAUUUCUGGUACUCCCGAAUCCACUGCCAUCAAAUCGAUUCAGGAUGCUCUUUCGACUGUUCGCCUUGAUACGAUCAUGGCUGGUAUUGAUAGCCAUUUGGUUGAGCGCACCGAUGUCACUGCCAAGGUUGCCGUUAUCUUUACCCACAAGGCCGAGACCACUGUUACCUUGAACAACCCGCUUGGUACACCCUACACCGUCAAGAAGGUUGAGGCUGAGAUUGUUAACCCCAAUGAUGGCAAGCCAUACAAGAUGGGUACUAUUGACUAUGAGCUUCCCGAUCCUGUUACUGUGCCUGCUGGUGGUCAAGUCAAGACCGAUUCAUGGCCUGUGGAUAUCGAUGCUAAUGCCCUUGAAUUGCUUGGUCUUUUGGGUAAUGGCGAAAUCACCAUUGAUAUCACUCAAAACGUCACUGUGCAAGUGGGUGAAACCGAUGGCGGUUAUCCUUCGUACUUUUACUAUUACCAAAAUGACGUUCCUUGUGGUCUUGAUAUCAAGUUGCUUGGCAUGUCUUUGCCCACUGACGAGGAUGGCAAGAAGAAGGAUGACAACUCCACUGAGAGUGCCGUGUCCUCAGCUGCAAGUGCUGCCACUUCAGCCGGUGGUGCUGUUGCUUCGGGCGUUUCCGAUACAGUUGAUUCCUUGACCGGUGGUGGUGAUGACAAGAAGGAUGAUGGUUCUUCAAAGGACUCUUCGAGCGAUGCUUCAAAGGAUGAUGAUUCCUCAAAGGACGCUUCCAAGGAUGACUCUUCGUCAAGCAGCCCCUCCGAAUCGGCUUCUAGUUAG